CUCUGACGUGCUGCCGGAAUAGAAGAAGCAGAAGAAGACAUUGCGGAAGUGCGGCUCCCAAACAGAUUCCCGUUGGAACAGUGGAUUUCUUCACAUCGCCGUCCUCUCAUUAAAUCUCGGACUACCCGUUUCCAGCUACGACGAUGGGCACCAGAGAUGACGAAUAUGAUUAUUUGUUCAAAGUGGUCCUCAUCGGUGACUCGGGCGUGGGGAAGAGCAACCUGCUCUCCAGGUUCACCCGCAACGAGUUCAACCUGGAGAGCAAGAGCACCAUCGGCGUCGAGUUCGCCACGCGCAGCAUCCAGGUGGACGGCAAGACGGUGAAGGCCCAGAUCUGGGACACGGCCGGCCAGGAGCGCUACCGGGCCAUCACCUCAGCGUACUACCGCGGGGCGGUGGGGGCCCUCCUCGUCUACGACAUCGCAAAGCACCUGACCUACGAAAACGUGGAGCGCUGGCUGAAGGAGCUGAGGGACCACGCCGACAGCAACAUCGUCAUCAUGCUGGUGGGCAACAAGAGCGACCUGCGCCACCUGCGGGCCGUCCCCACCGACGAGGCGCGGGCCUUCGCAGAGAAGAACGGUCUAUCUUUCCUGGAGACGUCGGCUCUGGACUCCACCAACGUUGAGACGGCCUUCCAGACCAUCCUGACAGAGAUCUACCGCAUUGUCUCCCAGAAGCAGAUGUCGGAGCGCCAGGAGAGCGACAUGUCGCCUAGCAACAACGUGGUCAACAUCCAAGUUCAGCCCACCGAGAACAAACCAAAGAUGCAGUGCUGUCAGAACAUCUAGCCCAGCUCUAUCUGCUCCCCCCCCUCAUCCCCCCGCCCUAUCUUCUCCUCUCUCUUUCUCUUCCCACCCCCCCCCCCCCCAAAGAAAAUAGACUGCCUCGCUCGUACCGCGUGGUGUGUGAGCAACGAGCCACAGCUUCCAGGCUGCGACCCGGACUCUGCAUCCCUCUGUACCCCCCCCCCCCCCCCCGCUCCUUCCUACUUUUCCCAGGUAAAUACAUCCCAGUAUAAAAUGUCAUGGGGUGACCCCCCCCCCCCCCUCCAAGCAGAGCCCUCUGUUGUUAGGCUCCUGCAGGACAGCAGGCGUUUCAUAUCACUUUAGAUUCAUUACUGUCGAUGCGCUGACGUGUCACGAAAUGUCUUAAAAUAUGAAUGUGAUUUGUUUUCUUUCUUCAUACUUUGUGAUGAUUUCUCCACAUUUUUUAUGAACUCGCUCGUCUUGUCUCCUAUAUCGACUUAUGGUAUGUAUAUGAAUUUAAAGCACAUCUAAGUUGUAUUCCCAUAGACAAACACCCCCCCACUCUCUCUUCUUUAGUGCAAUGUACUGUUUUGGAAAAACCACAUGGAUUGUAUCGAGCGCAGCGUUUUGAGAAAUUCAACCUUUUUUUUUUACUUCUUGUUGUGCAUUGGCGUUGCCGCGGUAACAGUCAGAUGAGAAGUUGAAGUCUUCAUAGAAAACAAAAGAUGGCCGCCGCGUGGUGAAAUCUGGAGUCCAAUGUGUCGUUUUUAAAGCUGAACGUCGGGGCUUCGUUGGUCCUAAAGGCGGCCAUGUUGGACCACCCACUAUGCAGAAACCAGCACAUGGCUGUUUGUGUCCUUGUGCACUUCUACAGCACAUGAAGCAGGAGUAGAUGAUUCAGCACCGUCUUAGUUAUGCUCGGCACCCAACCACAGAACUGUAGGGAGGAAGUAGGAAAAGGAAACGCAAGGCUCAACCCGUCGCAAUCUGCCACCUGACUCUUCACACCGCUGCUUGAUUUAAGAUAUUUUUGUUGGGAGAAUCUGCACCUCGGUGCCACUUAAAAAAGAACCAAAAGAUGCUUUGGGCUCGGCUGCUUUCGAAACCUCGCUUUCCUCGACUCCUUUUUCCUCGGAGAGAGGAGUCGAGGAAACAUCUUUCCCCCCCGUCACAUUACGCCUACGUACACCAAGCUGCCUCUGACUUCAACACAACGCAUGGCUUCCUGUUACGACUGACACUCCGGGUCGUAUCGCCUUACGUAGCCAACAUUUAGCGUCCUGCCGCGUGCUAGGCUAUGCUAUGCUAGCUAGCGUGACGAGCUAGCUGUCGCGAUGCCUGAUGGGGUUGGCGGACGUGUACAAUGCCUGACCUGUGUGUGUGUGUGUGAGACGGAGUGUGUAUUUAGAGGCAGCAGGUUGAUGGGUAGCUGUGCAGCAUGUGACGCUCGGCUGGCGGUGCCAAUGGCGUUUUUUGGGGGGGGUCUUUCCUCUUCCUUGGACAGACGGCAGCGCCAGCCGAGCUCCUCCGGACUCACUUAGCUGCCAAUCUGGACGAUUUCCUCCCUCCUGGAAAUAUGAUUUCUGAUCCUGUUCCUCCAUUGUUCUGUGUUUCUUUAUUUUUUUUUACUAUAUUGAACUCUAUAAAUGAUGUAAUUCCAGUGUAAACGUGUUCGAAAUGAAAUUAUGUCAUUUCAACGGAUUUGAAGGGGUUAAAUGUGAGAGGGGGGUCAAAAUGAAUGGUUUUAUGUUUUUGUACAGAUUGAUAAAUUGUACAAUUGUGUCUAUAUCUUAAGUUAUCAGUUCAUCUUAAUAAAGCGCACCAGUCAUAAACCUUUA